GGGAAAUACAAACCAAACACCCCCAAGCGGUCGAAAGGAACAGAGUUAUUUCUCACUCAGCUAAAAAAAGGAUCAAGAAUUAGAUGGAGCCCAAUUACACCACAGAGUCGCCAAUAAGAUCAUCUCUAGAUUCCACAGCUCGGACAGGACAUGCAAAUGGGGCUGAUUGGCAAGAAGAGACCUAUCAAAAGAUCAAAUCCAUGAAGGACUUGUACUUGCCUAAAAUAAAUGAAAUGCACCAGAAAAUUGUUGCUAAAUUGCAGCAGCAUGAUUCUCUUCCACAACAAUCAAAGUCAGAUCAGCUUGAGAAGUUGAAAGUAUUUAAGACUAUGUUGGAGCGUAUUAUAACAUUCUUACAGGUUUCCAAAAGUAAUAUACCACCUGGUUUCAAGGACAAGUUGGGGUCAUAUGAGGUGCAGAUAGUAAAUUUUAUAAACACAAAUUGGCCUAAGAAGCCUGCACUGCAGCAAGGACAAUUUCCUGCGCCUCAUAUGCAACCCAUGCAACUGUCACAAUCUCAACUUGCUCAAAUGCAGUCUCAGACAGGACAUGCAAAUGGGGCUGAUUGGCAAGAGGAGAUCUAUCAAAGGAUCAAAUCCAUGAAGGACUUUUACUUUCCUGAAAUAAAUGAAAUGCACCAGAAAAUUGUUGCUAAAUUGCAGCAGCAUGAUUCUCUUCCACAACAAUCAAAGUCAGAUCAGCUUGAGAAGUUGAAAGUAUUUAAGACUAUGUUGGAGCGUAUUAUAACAUUCUUACAGGUUUCCAAAAGUAAUAUACCACCUGGUUACAAGGACAAUUUGGGGUCAUAUGAGGAGCAGAUUGCAAAUUUUAUAAACACAAAUCGGCCUAAGAAGCCUGCACUGCAGCAAGGACAGUUUCCUGCGCCUCAUAUGCAAUCCAUGCAACAGCCACAAUCUCAACUUGCUCAAAUGCAGUCUCAGACAGGACAUGCAAAUGGGGCUGAUUGGCAAGAGGAGAUCUAUCAAAGGAUCAAAUCCAUGAAGGACUUGUACUUUCCUGAAAUAAAUGAAAUGCACCAGAAAAUUGAUGCUAAAUUGCAGCAGCAUGAUUCUCUUCCACAACAAUCAAAGUCAGAUCAGCUUGAGAAGAUGAAAGUAUUUAAGACUAUGUUGGAGCGUAUUAUAACAUUCUUACAGGUUUCCAAAAGUAAUAUACCACCUGGUUUCAAGGACAAGUUGGGGUCAUAUGAGGUGCAGAUAGUAAAUUUUAUAAACACAAAUCGGCCUAAGAAGCCUGCACUGCAGCAAGGACAGUUUCCUGCGCCUCAUAUGCAAUCCGUGCUGUCUCAUGAAAAUCAAAUCAACCUUCAGUUUCAAUCAAUGAACUUACAGGAUAAUUCAAUGUCAGAUUGAAUUUGUCUCAAUGCUCAUAAACUGGCAGGGUAAUAGGAUACUUAUAUACUCAUGUCUAGUCUCACUCUAUGUAAAUGUCUAUUGCUAGUCUGACAAUCAUAGUCUUCUUAUUUUAGUUAUUAUGUACAAUUUUUGUAAGCAUCGUUUUUUAUUAAGGAACAGUUAUUUGAACUUCUCUGGA